GCUGCUCUCUCUGUGGGAGUCUGGUAUGCUGGUCGCUGCGCUGUGGGGAAAAGAAGUGGGGAAAGUUUGGAGCAGAAAGAGCAGAAAGUUUGUCGGGAGGAUGGAGGGCCCGGAGCCGCUGGAAUAACCCCGCCGCGUUUAUUCAGGAGCAGAGAGGAGUAGUGUUAUAAACUCCAGUCCGCGCCGGUUCUCUCCUCGAGUCGGAGUUUGGACUUUUCCCUCGGUUUUCUCGGAGGACGGACGGCCGCGUUCGCGGAGCUCGACGAGUGUUUUCCACGGUGUUAAAAUGUCCGCUGCGGAGCGCGCUGUGCUCCUGCUGCUGCUCUUCACCGGGGCUCAGCUCGUUUUUGGGAGUACGGAGGGUUUAGAGCCGUGUCCCGCCGCCUGCACAUGUGUGGGAACUUUACUGGACUGUAGCCGGAGACUCACAAAGGGGACAGCGCCGGGCAGACUGCCCGCAUGGGUCACACAACUGGACCUGAGCCAUAACAAAUUACGAGCACUUCCUGAAGGACUGUUUACCAGUCUGCAACACCUCAGUGAAAUAAAGCUGAAUAACAACGAGUUUGAGACGAUUCCAGACUUUGGCUCUCAUUCUGGGAACAUCACCACUCUGAUCCUAGCUAACAACAAGAUCUCAAAGAUCUCAUCAGAACGGCUGAGACCGCUGGUUGCUUUGGAAACGUUGGACCUUGGCAAUAACAACCUGCAAGAAGUGAGGACUGGAGCCUUCCCUCCUCUACCUCUAAAAAACCUGUAUCUAAAUAACAACCGAAUAUCUGUCUUGGAACAUGGCUGCUUAAAUAACCUCUCCAGCACUCUGCUGGUUUUGCGGCUGAAUAGGAAUCGCCUGAACUCCAUUCCUGCCAAGACCUUCCAGCUACCCAACCUUCAACACCUAGACCUCAGCAGGAACAGAGUGAGACGCAUUGAAGGCCUGACCUUCCAUGGGCUUCACAGGCUCCGCUCUCUAAAGAUGCAGAGGAACGGCAUCACCCGGCUGAUGGAUGGUGCUUUCUGGGGUCUCAGCAACAUGGAAAUCCUGCAGCUGGAGUAUAAUAAUUUGACUGAGGUGAGUAAAGGCUGGCUCUACGGACUGCUUACCCUGCAGCAGCUGCACCUGGCUCACAACGCCAUCAGCCGCAUCAAACCAGAUGCCUGGGAGUUCUGCCAGAAACUCGCCGAGCUUGACCUGAACUCUAAUCAGCUGGCACGGCUGGAAGAAGGCAGCUUUAUGGGUCUUAGUGUGCUUGAGCAGCUCUCCAUUGGACACAACAGGGUCAGCUUCAUUGCAGACGGAGCCUUUAGGGGCCUUUCCCUGCUGAACACACUGGAUCUGAAAUACAAUGAGAUUUCCUGGACCAUUGAGGACAUGAAUGGACCCUUUUCUGCACUGAACAAUCUCAGAAAAUUGUUUCUUCAUGGGAAUCGUAUUCGAUCAGUUACCAAGAAAUCCUUCACAGGCCUGGACCUUCUGGAACAGCUUGACCUGAGCAACAAUGCCAUCAUGUCAAUUCAAGGCAAUGCUUUCUCUCAGAUGAAGAAACUAGAAGAACUCCUCCUGAACACGUCGAGCCUGCUGUGUGACUGCCAGCUGAAGUGGUUCCCGCAGUGGGUGGCAGAGCACGCCUUCCAGCCUUUGGUCAAUGCCAGCUGCGCCCAUCCACAGCUGUUGAAGGCCAAGAGUGUCUUCGCCGUCAGCCAGGAUGAGUUCGUGUGCGAUGACUUCCCCAAGCCUCAAAUCACCGUGCAGCCAGAGACGCAGUCAGCCAUCAAAGGAACCAACGUCACCUUUGUGUGCUCUGCAGCCAGCUCCAGUGACUCACCCAUGACGUUUGCCUGGAAAAAGGACAACGAGGUCCUGAACGAUGCAGAGAUCCACAACCAGGCCCACCUUCGCUCACAAGAUGGUGAGGUGAGCCAGGUCACGGAGUACACCACCACUCUGCAGCUCCAUCAUGUGGAGUCCUCCAGCGAAGGCAAAUACCAGUGCGUCAUCUCGAACCACUUUGGUUCCACCUACUCCGCCAAGGCUAAACUGACUGUGCACAUGCUGCCAUCCUUCACCAAAAUGCCCAUGGAUCUGACCAUCAGAGCAGGGGCCACAGCCCGGUUAGAAUGUGCUGCUACUGGGCAUCCCACUCCUCAGAUCGCUUGGCAGAAAGACGGAGGAACCGACUUCCCGGCCGCCAGAGAACGGCGGAUGCAUGUUAUGCCCAGUGAUGCGGUCUUUUUCAUCGUGGAUGUGAAAACUGAAGAUAUCGGAGUGUACAGCUGUACUGCCCAGAAUACAGCAGGGGCAAUAUCUGCUAAUGCUACGCUAACUGUACUUGAAACUCCCUCUUUUCUGCGGCCACUUAUGGACCGCACUGUGGCUAAGGGUGAGACUGCUGUGCUUCAGUGCAUUGCAGGUGGGAGCCCCCCACCACGGCUUAACUGGACUAAGGACGACAGUCCACUAUUGGUGACUGAGCGCCACUUUUUCGCUGCUGGAAACCAGCUCCUGAUCAUCGUGGAUGCGGCUGAGGGCGACGCUGGCAUAUACACAUGCGAGAUGUCUAACCCACUGGGCACAGAGAGGGGCAACAUUCGCUUGGCCAUUCUGCCUAACCCUAACUGUGACUCUGGCGCUGGUGUGCUGAGCCCAGUCAGUGGGUCAGAGGUGGACGGAUGGACCACCGUUGGCAUAGUCAUCAUCGCUGUGGUCUGUUGUGUGGUUGGAACGUCAUUGGUGUGGGUGGUCAUAAUCUACCACACACGCAGACGCAACGAGGACUGCAGCGUCACAAACACAGAUGAGACGAAUCUUCCUGCGGAUAUUCCCAGCUACCUGUCCUCACAGGGAACUUUGGCAGAACGUCAGGAUGGUUAUGUACCUUCUGAGAGCGGCAGCAGCCACCAGUACAUGAGCUCCUCUAUGGGAGGAUUCUACAUGCAGCCUAAAGACAUGAAUGGUCUCUGUCAACUGGACACAGGAAGUGAAGCAGACAUGGAGGCAGCCAUUGACCCUUUGCUCUGCCAUUACCAAGGAACUAUUGGUUCCCUGCUGAGAAGAGGCAACUUGUACAGCUCAGAACCUACAGACACAUAUAUAGGAUGUACUACAGAACAGAGCCCUUCCUGCAGGGACUCCUACAACACAGCCCUCUCCAGUUCGAAGAAGAGAGAGCAUUACCCAUGUGCUGCAUCUCUGUCCUCUGAUCCCUUCGAUUAUAUGAGUUCUGGGUUGCUGAUGCAGUUGCCCACUGGGGGUCUACAUGGAGGACCCCAUCUGCAGAAUGAGUGCCUCUGUCCAGGGGAGUGUGAGGGGGGAGAGUGUGUUCAGCCCCGGCUCUUCUCUGGCUCCUAUAUGGGUACGUUUGGUAAAGCUCCAUGGAGACCACAGCAAGAGAUGUACCCCGGCCUCUGCACCUCGAUCUCUCAUAACGGAGUAACGCUUCACGAGAAUCCUUAUGCUGCUUUAGAUACUGACUCAGACCGUGAGGAGGACCUUUCCCAGCACCCCACAGCGGAUCUAGACAGCAGUGUAUACGAGCAGCCCUUUGACAGCAACAGGACACUCAGCUCUCAGCCCUGCUCAUAGCACCCGGGGCUGAGCUUAUAAAGAGACUCUCCAUUCUGUUUGUUCGUGAGGAGGACCAAAAAGGAAUUCUACCUCAGAAUGGACGCUCCACGCACGCGCUGGUUUGAAUGUAAAAGAUGAAAUGAGGAAUCGUUCAAAGAAAAAGACUGUUUUAAAAAGGAAAUAUAUAUAGACAUUGUUACUUUUGUACAAAAAGAUGAUAUAUACGUUUUAUAAAGUGUUAUUAUAUUUUGUAAAUUAACAGUGUAAAUAGGAUUCAUUAUUUUGCUUACUGUUUUUUAAUUGAAAAUGUAAAGUUGUCAAAAACAGACCUGAAGAGUUGAAGACUCUGCACACCUAAGGGAACAUUUAAUGGCUGGUCCACCUCUUCCAUGCAAAGAUUGCUUUGUCAUCCUGUUAUAUAGUUUAUAUUUCCUUUCAUAUGCCUCGUCCAUCUGAGAUUUUGCUCAGCCAGAGGAACGGUUCUACAGCAGUUCUACAAGGGAACUAUUACAAACCAUGUUGUUGGCUUUCAGUGUUUGACCCAGUUCUGUUUGUGAGUUUAUUCAUUUAUACAUGCAUAUGCUUUUAUUGCUUUAUUGCUGCAAGUAAAGCAUCCAUUUGCACAUAUCAGUUCAUGAUAAUAAAACAUCUUACUAUGUGCUGCUAAACUGAAA